CGGCAAUGAUAGACUUUGUUCAACGAGUGGUGGAGAGGUUGAAUGUAGGCGAGAACAAAGACCGUGUUUCUGUAGUCCAGUUCAGCAGAGAUGCUGAUAUCCAUUUCUAUCUUAAGACAUACACAACAAAGGAGGACCUUCUUGGCACAGUCAGAGCUUUGAGGCACAAAGGAGGAAGGCCCCUAAACAUAGGGGCAGCGCUACAGUACGUCAGAGACAACGUAUUUACUGCCUCCUCGGGUAGCAGACGACUGGAGGGUGUACCACAGAUGCUGAUCCUGUUGAGUGCCGGAAGGUCGUUUGACAAUGUCGAUAUCCCAGCUUCGGCGCUGAAGGAUCUGGGAAUCUUGAUUUUCGGAAUAGGAACAAGGGACUCUGAUAGCAACGAACUUGAGAGAAUUUCAUUUGGCCCCCGUUUUGCUCUGACCGUGUCAGAUUUCACUGAGCUCCCAAAUGUCCAAGAGCAACUUCUGACUUCUAUAGAGGCUGUGGCAGUUCCCAUCACUCCACCCUCCCCGCCUUCUCUUGUUGAUUAUGAGGUUCCCAGAAAGGAUGUUGUCUUCCUCCUGGAUGGAUCAGAUGGGACUAGGAAUGGAUUCCCUGCCAUGCUUGACUUUGUACAAAGGGUAGUGGAAAAAUUUAACUUUGAGGAGAGUAUGGACCAUGUUUCAGUGGUGCAGUACAGUACAAAUGCUGAGGUGCAUUUCUAUCUGAAUACCUAUUCAACAAAAGACGAAAUCCUCAAUGCCAUCAGCAAUGUAAAGCACAAAGGCGGGAGACGUGUCAACACAGGGUCAGCUCUCCAAUAUGUGAGAGAAAAUGUGUUCACUGCCUCUGCUGGCAGUAGACAUCAACAGGGUGUGCCUAGUGUCCUCAUUCUGCUCAGGAGAUCAAGGUCAACAGAUAAUGUUGAUCAACCGGCCUCUGCCCUGAAAGAGAGUGGAGUCUUAAUUUUUGGUGUUGGCACCAGGAAUGUGAGCAGUGAAAUUGAGAGAAUUGCAAGUGGUCCUUCCUACGCUCAGACAGUUUCUGAGCUCUCUGACCUAGGCAGUGUCCAGCAGCAAUUUUACACCACUCUCAGCACUGCACUUCUAGACGUAAUGCCAGUGAUACCUACAGUGAUAGUUGACCAAAGAUUUGACCGGAGAGAUGUCGUAUUCCUUCUGGAUGGUUCAGAUGGUACUAGGAAUUAUUUCCCAGCAAUGCGUGAUUUCGUUCAAAGCAUUGUGGAGAGAUUGCAUGUAUCAGAGGAGAGAGACCAUGUGUCUGUAGCUCAAUUCAGCAGAGAUCCAGAGGUGCAUUUCUAUCUCAACACAUACGCGACAAAGGAGAGCAUUCUCGACACCGUUAGAGGUCUGAGGCACAAAGGAGGGAGACCUCUGAACACAGGAAUUGCUCUCCAGUAUGUGAGGGACAGCGUUUUCAGCACCUCGGCUGGAAGCAGACGUUUACAGGGUGUUCCUCAGGUAUUGAUUUUGUUGAGUGGAGGAAGGUCAUUUGAUAAUGUCGACGUGCCAGCCUCAUCCCUGAAAGAGCUUGGAGUCUUGAUCUUUUCUGUGGGAUCAGUAGGCUCAGAUAGCAAUGAAUUGCGGAAGAUCUCAAAUGACCCUAGUUCCACACUCUCAGUGACAGACUUUACUUACCUCCCUAAUGUACAAGAGCAGCUUCUUUCCAUCAUUAACACUGCACUUGUAGGAGCCACAGGCAUCUCUCCAACAACAAUAGUUGAGGCUCGUGUACCAAGGAGAGAUGUUGUUUUCCUGCUGGAUGGGUCAGACGGCAAUAGGAAUGGGUUCCCGGCAAUGAUAGACUUUGUUCAACGAGUGGUGGAGAGGUUGAAUGUAGGCGAGAACAAAGACCGUGUUUCUGUAGUCCAGUUCAGCAGAGAUGCUGAAAUCCAUUUCUAUCUUAAGACAUACACAACAAAGGAGGACCUUCUUGGCACAGUCAGAGCUUUGAGGCACAAAGGAGGAAGGCCCCUAAACAUAGGGGCAGCUCUACAGUACGUCAGAGACAACGUAUUUACUGCCUCCUCGGGUAGCAGACGACUGGAGGGUGUACCACAGAUGCUGAUCCUGUUGAGUGCCGGAAGGUCGUUUGACAAUGUCGAUAUCCCAGCUUCGGCGCUGAAGGAUCUGGGAAUCUUGAUUUUCGGAAUAGGAACAAGGGACUCUGAUAGCAACGAACUUGAGAGAAUUUCAUUUGGCCCCCGUUUUGCUCUGACCGUGUCAGAUUUCACUGAGCUCCCAAAUGUCCAAGAGCAACUUCUGACUUCUAUAGAGGCUGUGGCAGUUCCCAUCACUCCACCCUCCCCGCCUUCUCUUGUUGAUUAUGAGGUUCCCAGAAAGGAUGUUGUCUUCCUCCUGGAUGGAUCAGAUGGGACUAGGAAUGGAUUCCCUGCCAUGCUUGACUUUGUACAAAGGGUAGUGGAAAAAUUUAACUUUGAGGAGAGUAUGGACCAUGUUUCAGUGGUGCAGUACAGUACAAAUGCUGAGGUGCAUUUCUAUCUGAAUACCUAUUCAACAAAAGACGAAAUCCUCAAUGCCAUCAGCAAUGUAAAGCACAAAGGCGGGAGACGUGUCAACACAGGGUCAGCUCUCCAAUAUGUGAGAGAAAAUGUGUUCACUGCCUCUGCUGGCAGUAGACAUCAACAGGGUGUGCCUAGUGUCCUCAUUCUGCUCAGGAGAUCAAGGUCAACAGAUAAUGUUGAUCAACAGGCCUCUGCCCUGAAAGAGAGUGGAGUCUUAAUUUUUGGUGUUGGCACCAGGAAUGUGAGCAGUGAAAUUGAGAGAAUUGCAAGUGGUCCUUCCUACGCUCAGACUGUUUCUGAGCUCUCUGACCUAGGCAGUGUCCAGCAGCAAUUUUACACCACUCUCAGCACUGCACUUCUAGACGUAAUGCCAGUGAUACCUACAGUGAUAGUUGACCAAAGAUUUGACCGGAGAGAUGUCGUAUUCCUUCUGGAUGGUUCAGAUGGUACUAGGAAUUAUUUCCCAGCAAUGCGUGAUUUCGUUCAAAGCAUUGUGGAGAGAUUGCAUGUAUCAGAGGAGAGAGACCAUGUGUCUGUAGCUCAAUUCAGCAGAGAUCCAGAGGUGCAUUUCUAUCUCAACACAUACGCGACAAAGGAGAGCAUUCUCGACACCGUUAGAGGUCUGAGGCACAAAGGAGGGAGACCUCUGAACACAGGAAUUGCUCUCCAGUAUGUGAGGGACAGCGUUUUCAGCACCUCGGCUGGAAGCAGACGUUUACAGGGUGUUCCUCAGGUAUUGAUUUUGUUGAGUGGAGGAAGGUCAUUUGAUAAUGUCGACGUGCCAGCCUCAUCCCUGAAAGAGCUUGGAGUCUUGAUCUUUUCUGUGGGAUCAGUAGGCUCAGAUAGCAAUGAAUUGCGGAAGAUCUCAAAUGACCCUAGUUCCACACUCUCAGUGACAGACUUUACUUACCUCCCUAAUGUACAAGAGCAGCUUCUCUCCAUCAUUAACACUGCACUUGUAGGAGCCACAGGCAUCUCUCCAACAACAAUAGUUGAGGCUCGUGUACCAAGGAGAGAUGUUGUUUUCCUGCUGGAUGGGUCAGACGGCAAUAGGAAUGGGUUCCCGGCAAUGAUAGACUUUGUUCAACGAGUGGUGGAGAGGUUGAAUGUAGGCGAGAACAAAGACCGUGUUUCUGUAGUCCAGUUCAGCAGAGAUGCUGAAAUCCAUUUCUAUCUUAAGACAUACACAACAAAGGAGGACCUUCUUGGCACAGUCAGAGCUUUGAGGCACAAAGGAGGAAGGCCCCUAAACAUAGGGGCAGCUCUACAGUACGUCAGAGACAACGUAUUUACUGCCUCCUCGGGUAGCAGACGACUGGAGGGUGUACCACAGAUGCUGAUCCUGUUGAGUGCCGGAAGGUCGUUUGACAAUGUCGAUAUCCCAGCUUCGGCGCUGAAGGAUCUGGGAAUCUUGAUUUUCGGAAUAGGAACAAGGGACUCUGAUAGCAACGAACUUGAGAGAAUUUCAUUUGGCCCCCGUUUUGCUCUGACCGUGUCAGAUUUCACUGAGCUCCCAAAUGUCCAAGAGCAACUUCUGACUUCUAUAGAGGCUGUGGCAGUUCCCAUCACUCCACCCUCCCCGCCUUCUCUUGUUGAUUAUGAGGUUCCCAGAAAGGAUGUUGUCUUCCUCCUGGAUGGAUCAGAUGGGACUAGGAAUGGAUUCCCUGCCAUGCUUGACUUUGUACAAAGGGUAGUGGAAAAAUUUAACUUUGAGGAGAGUAUGGACCAUGUUUCAGUGGUGCAGUACAGUACAAAUGCUGAGGUGCAUUUCUAUCUGAAUACCUAUUCAACAAAAGACGAAAUCCUCAAUGCCAUCAGCAAUGUAAAGCACAAAGGCGGGAGACGUGUCAACACAGGGUCAGCUCUCCAAUAUGUGAGAGAAAAUGUGUUCACUGCCUCUGCUGGCAGUAGACAUCAACAGGGUGUGCCUAGUGUCCUCAUUCUGCUCAGGAGAUCAAGGUCAACAGAUAAUGUUGAUCAACAGGCCUCUGCCCUGAAAGAGAGUGGAGUCUUAAUUUUUGGUGUUGGCACCAGGAAUGUGAGCAGUGAAAUUGAGAGAAUUGCAAGUGGUCCUUCCUACGCUCAGACUGUUUCUGAGCUCUCUGACCUAGGCAGUGUCCAGCAGCAAUUUUACACCACUCUCAGCACUGCACUUCUAGACGUAAUGCCAGUGAUACCUACAGUGAUAGUUGACCAAAGAUUUGACCGGAGAGAUGUCGUAUUCCUUCUGGAUGGUUCAGAUGGUACUAGGAAUUAUUUCCCAGCAAUGCGUGAUUUCGUUCAAAGCAUUGUGGAGAGAUUGCAUGUAUCAGAGGAGAGAGACCAUGUGUCUGUAGCUCAAUUCAGCAGAGAUCCAGAGGUGCAUUUCUAUCUCAACACAUACGCGACAAAGGAGAGCAUUCUCGACACCGUUAGAGGUCUGAGGCACAAAGGAGGGAGACCUCUGAACACAGGAAUUGCUCUCCAGUAUGUGAGGGACAGCGUUUUCAGCACCUCGGCUGGAAGCAGACGUUUACAGGGUGUUCCUCAGGUAUUGAUUUUGUUGAGUGGAGGAAGGUCAUUUGAUAAUGUCGACGUGCCAGCCUCAUCCCUGAAAGAGCUUGGAGUCUUGAUCUUUUCUGUGGGAUCAGUAGGCUCAGAUAGCAAUGAAUUGCGGAAGAUCUCAAAUGACCCUAGUUCCACACUCUCAGUGACAGACUUUACUUACCUCCCUAAUGUACAAGAGCAGCUUCUCUCCAUCAUUAACACUGCACUUGUAGGAGCCACAGGCAUCUCUCCAACAACAAUAGUUGAGGCUCGUGUACCAAGGAGAGAUGUUGUUUUCCUGCUGGAUGGGUCAGACGGCAAUAGGAAUGGGUUCCCGGCAAUGAUAGACUUUGUUCAACGAGUGGUGGAGAGGUUGAAUGUAGGCGAGAACAAAGACCGUGUUUCUGUAGUCCAGUUCAGCAGAGAUGCUGAAAUCCAUUUCUAUCUUAAGACAUACACAACAAAGGAGGACCUUCUUGGCACAGUCAGAGCUUUGAGGCACAAAGGAGGAAGGCCCCUAAACAUAGGGGCAGCUCUACAGUACGUCAGAGACAACGUAUUUACUGCCUCCUCGGGUAGCAGACGACUGGAGGGUGUACCACAGAUGCUGAUCCUGUUGAGUGCCGGAAGGUCGUUUGACAAUGUCGAUAUCCCAGCUUCGGCGCUGAAGGAUCUGGGAAUCUUGAUUUUCGGAAUAGGAACAAGGGACUCUGAUAGCAACGAACUUGAGAGAAUUUCAUUUGGCCCCCGUUUUGCUCUGACCGUGUCAGAUUUCACUGAGCUCCCAAAUGUCCAAGAGCAACUUCUGACUUCUAUAGAGGCUGUGGCAGUUCCCAUCACUCCACCCUCCCCGCCUUCUCUUGUUGAUUAUGAGGUUCCCAGAAAGGAUGUUGUCUUCCUCCUGGAUGGAUCAGAUGGGACUAGGAAUGGAUUCCCUGCCAUGCUUGACUUUGUACAAAGGGUAGUGGAAAAAUUUAACUUUGAGGAGAGUAUGGACCAUGUUUCAGUGGUGCAGUACAGUACAAAUGCUGAGGUGCAUUUCUAUCUGAAUACCUAUUCAACAAAAGACGAAAUCCUCAAUGCCAUCAGCAAUGUAAAGCACAAAGGCGGGAGACGUGUCAACACAGGGUCAGCUCUCCAAUAUGUGAGAGAAAAUGUGUUCACUGCCUCUGCUGGCAGUAGACAUCAACAGGGUGUGCCUAGUGUCCUCAUUCUGCUCAGGAGAUCAAGGUCAACAGAUAAUGUUGAUCAACAGGCCUCUGCCCUGAAAGAGAGUGGAGUCUUAAUUUUUGGUGUUGGCACCAGGAAUGUGAGCAGUGAAAUUGAGAGAAUUGCAAGUGGUCCUUCCUACGCUCAGACUGUUUCUGAGCUCUCUGACCUAGGCAGUGUCCAGCAGCAAUUUUACACCACUCUCAGCACUGCACUUCUAGACGUAAUGCCAGUGAUACCUACAGUGAUAGUUGACCAAAGAUUUGACCGGAGAGAUGUCGUAUUCCUUCUGGAUGGUUCAGAUGGUACUAGGAAUUAUUUCCCAGCAAUGCGUGAUUUCGUUCAAAGCAUUGUGGAGAGAUUGCAUGUAUCAGAGGAGAGAGACCAUGUGUCUGUAGCUCAAUUCAGCAGAGAUCCAGAGGUGCAUUUCUAUCUCAACACAUACGCGACAAAGGAGAGCAUUCUCGACACCGUUAGAGGUCUGAGGCACAAAGGAGGGAGACCUCUGAACACAGGAAUUGCUCUCCAGUAUGUGAGGGACAGCGUUUUCAGCACCUCGGCUGGAAGCAGACGUUUACAGGGUGUUCCUCAGGUAUUGAUUUUGUUGAGUGGAGGAAGGUCAUUUGAUAAUGUCGACGUGCCAGCCUCAUCCCUGAAAGAGCUUGGAGUCUUGAUCUUUUCUGUGGGAUCAGUAGGCUCAGAUAGCAAUGAAUUGCGGAAGAUCUCAAAUGACCCUAGUUCCACACUCUCAGUGACAGACUUUACUUACCUCCCUAAUGUACAAGAGCAGCUUCUCUCCAUCAUUAACACUGCACUUGUAGGAGCCACAGGCAUCUCUCCAACAACAAUAGUUGAGGCUCGUGUACCAAGGAGAGAUGUUGUUUUCCUGCUGGAUGGGUCAGACGGCAAUAGGAAUGGGUUCCCGGCAAUGAUAGACUUUGUUCAACGAGUGGUGGAGAGGUUGAAUGUAGGCGAGAACAAAGACCGUGUUUCUGUAGUCCAGUUCAGCAGAGAUGCUGAAAUCCAUUUCUAUCUUAAGACAUACACAACAAAGGAGGACCUUCUUGGCACAGUCAGAGCUUUGAGGCACAAAGGAGGAAGGCCCCUAAACAUAGGGGCAGCUCUACAGUACGUCAGAGACAACGUAUUUACUGCCUCCUCGGGUAGCAGACGACUGGAGGGUGUACCACAGAUGCUGAUCCUGUUGAGUGCCGGAAGGUCGUUUGACAAUGUCGAUAUCCCAGCUUCGGCGCUGAAGGAUCUGGGAAUCUUGAUUUUCGGAAUAGGAACAAGGGACUCUGAUAGCAACGAACUUGAGAGAAUUUCAUUUGGCCCCCGUUUUGCUCUGACCGUGUCAGAUUUCACUGAGCUCCCAAAUGUCCAAGAGCAACUUCUGACUUCUAUAGAGGCUGUGGCAGUUCCCAUCACUCCACCCUCCCCGCCUUCUCUUGUUGAUUAUGAGGUUCCCAGAAAGGAUGUUGUCUUCCUCCUGGAUGGAUCAGAUGGGACUAGGAAUGGAUUCCCUGCCAUGCUUGACUUUGUACAAAGGGUAGUGGAAAAAUUUAACUUUGAGGAGAGUAUGGACCAUGUUUCAGUGGUGCAGUACAGUACAAAUGCUGAGGUGCAUUUCUAUCUGAAUACCUAUUCAACAAAAGACGAAAUCCUCAAUGCCAUCAGCAAUGUAAAGCACAAAGGCGGGAGACGUGUCAACACAGGGUCAGCUCUCCAAUAUGUGAGAGAAAAUGUGUUCACUGCCUCUGCUGGCAGUAGACAUCAACAGGGUGUGCCUAGUGUCCUCAUUCUGCUCAGGAGAUCAAGGUCAACAGAUAAUGUUGAUCAACAGGCCUCUGCCCUGAAAGAGAGUGGAGUCUUAAUUUUUGGUGUUGGCACCAGGAAUGUGAGCAGUGAAAUUGAGAGAAUUGCAAGUGGUCCUUCCUACGCUCAGACUGUUUCUGAGCUCUCUGACCUAGGCAGUGUCCAGCAGCAAUUUUACACCACUCUCAGCACUGCACUUCUAGACGUAAUGCCAGUGAUACCUACAGUGAUAGUUGACCAAAGAUUUGACCGGAGAGAUGUCGUAUUCCUUCUGGAUGGUUCAGAUGGUACUAGGAAUUAUUUCCCAGCAAUGCGUGAUUUCGUUCAAAGCAUUGUGGAGAGAUUGCAUGUAUCAGAGGAGAGAGACCAUGUGUCUGUAGCUCAAUUCAGCAGAGAUCCAGAGGUGCAUUUCUAUCUCAACACAUACGCGACAAAGGAGAGCAUUCUCGACACCGUUAGAGGUCUGAGGCACAAAGGAGGGAGACCUCUGAACACAGGAAUUGCUCUCCAGUAUGUGAGGGACAGCGUUUUCAGCACCUCGGCUGGAAGCAGACGUUUACAGGGUGUUCCUCAGGUAUUGAUUUUGUUGAGUGGAGGAAGGUCAUUUGAUAAUGUCGACGUGCCAGCCUCAUCCCUGAAAGAGCUUGGAGUCUUGAUCUUUUCUGUGGGAUCAGUAGGCUCAGAUAGCAAUGAAUUGCGGAAGAUCUCAAAUGACCCUAGUUCCACACUCUCAGUGACAGACUUUACUUACCUCCCUAAUGUACAAGAGCAGCUUCUCUCCAUCAUUAACACUGCACUUGUAGGAGCCACAGGCAUCUCUCCAACAACAAUAGUUGAGGCUCGUGUACCAAGGAGAGAUGUUGUUUUCCUGCUGGAUGGGUCAGACGGCAAUAGGAAUGGGUUCCCGGCAAUGAUAGACUUUGUUCAACGAGUGGUGGAGAGGUUGAAUGUAGGCGAGAACAAAGACCGUGUUUCUGUAGUCCAGUUCAGCAGAGAUGCUGAAAUCCAUUUCUAUCUUAAGACAUACACAACAAAGGAGGACCUUCUUGGCACAGUCAGAGCUUUGAGGCACAAAGGAGGAAGGCCCCUAAACAUAGGGGCAGCUCUACAGUACGUCAGAGACAACGUAUUUACUGCCUCCUCGGGUAGCAGACGACUGGAGGGUGUACCACAGAUGCUGAUCCUGUUGAGUGCCGGAAGGUCGUUUGACAAUGUCGAUAUCCCAGCUUCGGCGCUGAAGGAUCUGGGAAUCUUGAUUUUCGGAAUAGGAACAAGGGACUCUGAUAGCAACGAACUUGAGAGAAUUUCAUUUGGCCCCCGUUUUGCUCUGACCGUGUCAGAUUUCACUGAGCUCCCAAAUGUCCAAGAGCAACUUCUGACUUCUAUAGAGGCUGUGGCAGUUCCCAUCACUCCACCCUCCCCGCCUUCUCUUGUUGAUUAUGAGGUUCCCAGAAAGGAUGUUGUCUUCCUCCUGGAUGGAUCAGAUGGGACUAGGAAUGGAUUCCCUGCCAUGCUUGACUUUGUACAAAGGGUAGUGGAAAAAUUUAACUUUGAGGAGAGUAUGGACCAUGUUUCAGUGGUGCAGUACAGUACAAAUGCUGAGGUGCAUUUCUAUCUGAAUACCUAUUCAACAAAAGACGAAAUCCUCAAUGCCAUCAGCAAUGUAAAGCACAAAGGCGGGAGACGUGUCAACACAGGGUCAGCUCUCCAAUAUGUGAGAGAAAAUGUGUUCACUGCCUCUGCUGGCAGUAGACAUCAACAGGGUGUGCCUAGUGUCCUCAUUCUGCUCAGGAGAUCAAGGUCAACAGAUAAUGUUGAUCAACCGGCCUCUGCCCUGAAAGAGAGUGGAGUCUUAAUUUUUGGUGUUGGCACCAGGAAUGUGAGCAGUGAAAUUGAGAGAAUUGCAAGUGGUCCUUCCUACGCUCAGACAGUUUCUGAGCUCUCUGACCUAGGCAGUGUCCAGCAGCAAUUUUACACCACUCUCAGCACUGCACUUCUAGACGUAAUGCCAGUGAUACCUACAGUGAUAGUUGACCAAAGAUUUGACCGGAGAGAUGUCGUAUUCCUUCUGGAUGGUUCAGAUGGUACUAGGAAUUAUUUCCCAGCAAUGCGUGAUUUCGUUCAAAGCAUUGUGGAGAGAUUGCAUGUAUCAGAGGAGAGAGACCAUGUGUCUGUAGCUCAAUUCAGCAGAGAUCCAGAGGUGCAUUUCUAUCUCAACACAUACGCGACAAAGGAGAGCAUUCUCGACACCGUUAGAGGUCUGAGGCACAAAGGAGGGAGACCUCUGAACACAGGAAUUGCUCUCCAGUAUGUGAGGGACAGCGUUUUCAGCACCUCGGCUGGAAGCAGACGUUUACAGGGUGUUCCUCAGGUAUUGAUUUUGUUGAGUGGAGGAAGGUCAUUUGAUAAUGUCGACGUGCCAGCCUCAUCCCUGAAAGAGCUUGGAGUCUUGAUCUUUUCUGUGGGAUCAGUAGGCUCAGAUAGCAAUGAAUUGCGGAAGAUCUCAAAUGACCCUAGUUCCACACUCUCAGUGACAGACUUUACUUACCUCCCUAAUGUACAAGAGCAGCUUCUCUCCAUCAUUAACACUGCACUUGUAGGAGCCACAGGCAUCUCUCCAACAACAAUAGUUGAGGCUCGUGUACCAAGGAGAGAUGUUGUUUUCCUGCUGGAUGGGUCAGACGGCAAUAGGAAUGGGUUCCCGGCAAUGAUAGACUUUGUUCAACGAGUGGUGGAGAGGUUGAAUGUAGGCGAGAACAAAGACCGUGUUUCUGUAGUCCAGUUCAGCAGAGAUGCUGAAAUCCAUUUCUAUCUUAAGACAUACACAACAAAGGAGGACCUUCUUGGCACAGUCAGAGCUUUGAGGCACAAAGGAGGAAGGCCCCUAAACAUAGGGGCAGCUCUACAGUACGUCAGAGACAACGUAUUUACUGCCUCCUCGGGUAGCAGACGACUGGAGGGUGUACCACAGAUGCUGAUCCUGUUGAGUGCCGGAAGGUCGUUUGACAAUGUCGAUAUCCCAGCUUCGGCGCUGAAGGAUCUGGGAAUCUUGAUUUUCGGAAUAGGAACAAGGGACUCUGAUAGCAACGAACUUGAGAGAAUUUCAUUUGGCCCCCGUUUUGCUCUGACCGUGUCAGAUUUCACUGAGCUCCCAAAUGUCCAAGAGCAACUUCUGACUUCUAUAGAGGCUGUGGCAGUUCCCAUCACUCCACCCUCCCCGCCUUCUCUUGUUGAUUAUGAGGUUCCCAGAAAGGAUGUUGUCUUCCUCCUGGAUGGAUCAGAUGGGACUAGGAAUGGAUUCCCUGCCAUGCUUGACUUUGUACAAAGGGUAGUGGAAAAAUUUAACUUUGAGGAGAGUAUGGACCAUGUUUCAGUGGUGCAGUACAGUACAAAUGCUGAGGUGCAUUUCUAUCUGAAUACCUAUUCAACAAAAGACGAAAUCCUCAAUGCCAUCAGCAAUGUAAAGCACAAAGGCGGGAGACGUGUCAACACAGGGUCAGCUCUCCAAUAUGUGAGAGAAAAUGUGUUCACUGCCUCUGCUGGCAGUAGACAUCAACAGGGUGUGCCUAGUGUCCUCAUUCUGCUCAGGAGAUCAAGGUCAACAGAUAAUGUUGAUCAACCGGCCUCUGCCCUGAAAGAGAGUGGAGUCUUAAUUUUUGGUGUUGGCACCAGGAAUGUGAGCAGUGAAAUUGAGAGAAUUGCAAGUGGUCCUUCCUACGCUCAGACAGUUUCUGAGCUCUCUGACCUAGGCAGUGUCCAGCAGCAAUUUUACACCACUCUCAGCACUGCACUUCUAGACGUAAUGCCAGUGAUACCUACAGUGAUAGUUGACCAAAGAUUUGACCGGAGAGAUGUCGUAUUCCUUCUGGAUGGUUCAGAUGGUACUAGGAAUUAUUUCCCAGCAAUGCGUGAUUUCGUUCAAAGCAUUGUGGAGAGAUUGCAUGUAUCAGAGGAGAGAGACCAUGUGUCUGUAGCUCAAUUCAGCAGAGAUCCAGAGGUGCAUUUCUAUCUCAACACAUACGCGACAAAGGAGAGCAUUCUCGACACCGUUAGAGGUCUGAGGCACAAAGGAGGGAGACCUCUGAACACAGGAAUUGCUCUCCAGUAUGUGAGGGACAGCGUUUUCAGCACCUCGGCUGGAAGCAGACGUUUACAGGGUGUUCCUCAGGUAUUGAUUUUGUUGAGUGGAGGAAGGUCAUUUGAUAAUGUCGACGUGCCAGCCUCAUCCCUGAAAGAGCUUGGAGUCUUGAUCUUUUCUGUGGGAUCAGUAGGCUCAGAUAGCAAUGAAUUGCGGAAGAUCUCAAAUGACCCUAGUUCCACACUCUCAGUGACAGACUUUACUUACCUCCCUAAUGUACAAGAGCAGCUUCUCUCCAUCAUUAACACUGCACUUGUAGGAGCCACAGGCAUCUCUCCAACAACAAUAGUUGAGGCUCGUGUACCAAGGAGAGAUGUUGUUUUCCUGCUGGAUGGGUCAGACGGCAAUAGGAAUGGGUUCCCGGCAAUGAUAGACUUUGUUCAACGAGUGGUGGAGAGGUUGAAUGUAGGCGAGAACAAAGACCGUGUUUCUGUAGUCCAGUUCAGCAGAGAUGCUGAAAUCCAUUUCUAUCUUAAGACAUACACAACAAAGGAGGACCUUCUUGGCACAGUCAGAGCUUUGAGGCACAAAGGAGGAAGGCCCCUAAACAUAGGGGCAGCUCUACAGUACGUCAGAGACAACGUAUUUACUGCCUCCUCGGGUAGCAGACGACUGGAGGGUGUACCACAGAUGCUGAUCCUGUUGAGUGCCGGAAGGUCGUUUGACAAUGUCGAUAUCCCAGCUUCGGCGCUGAAGGAUCUGGGAAUCUUGAUUUUCGGAAUAGGAACAAGGGACUCUGAUAGCAACGAACUUGAGAGAAUUUCAUUUGGCCCCCGUUUUGCUCUGACCGUGUCAGAUUUCACUGAGCUCCCAAAUGUCCAAGAGCAACUUCUGACUUCUAUAGAGGCUGUGGCAGUUCCCAUCACUCCACCCUCCCCGCCUUCUCUUGUUGAUUAUGAGGUUCCCAGAAAGGAUGUUGUCUUCCUCCUGGAUGGAUCAGAUGGGACUAGGAAUGGAUUCCCUGCCAUGCUUGACUUUGUACAAAGGGUAGUGGAAAAAUUUAACUUUGAGGAGAGUAUGGACCAUGUUUCAGUGGUGCAGUACAGUACAAAUGCUGAGGUGCAUUUCUAUCUGAAUACCUAUUCAACAAAAGACGAAAUCCUCAAUGCCAUCAGCAAUGUAAAGCACAAAGGCGGGAGACGUGUCAACACAGGGUCAGCUCUCCAAUAUGUGAGAGAAAAUGUGUUCACUGCCUCUGCUGGCAGUAGACAUCAACAGGGUGUGCCUAGUGUCCUCAUUCUGCUCAGGAGAUCAAGGUCAACAGAUAAUGUUGAUCAACCGGCCUCUGCCCUGAAAGAGAGUGGAGUCUUAAUUUUUGGUGUUGGCACCAGGAAUGUGAGCAGUGAAAUUGAGAGAAUUGCAAGUGGUCCUUCCUACGCUCAGACAGUUUCUGAGCUCUCUGACCUAGGCAGUGUCCAGCAGCAAUUUUACACCACUCUCAGCACUGCACUUCUAGACGUAAUGCCAGUGAUACCUACAGUGAUAGUUGACCAAAGAUUUGACCGGAGAGAUGUCGUAUUCCUUCUGGAUGGUUCAGAUGGUACUAGGAAUUAUUUCCCAGCAAUGCGUGAUUUCGUUCAAAGCAUUGUGGAGAGAUUGCAUGUAUCAGAGGAGAGAGACCAUGUGUCUGUAGCUCAAUUCAGCAGAGAUCCAGAGGUGCAUUUCUAUCUCAACACAUACGUGACAAAGGAGAGCAUUCUCGACACCGUUAGAGGUCUGAGGCACAAAGGAGGGAGACCUCUGAACACAGGAAUUGCUCUCCAGUAUGUGAGGGACAGCGUUUUCAGCACCUCGGCUGGAAGCAGACGUUUACAGGGUGUUCCUCAGGUAUUGAUUUUGUUGAGUGGAGGAAGGUCAUUUGAUAAUGUCGACGUGCCAGCCUCAUCCCUGAAAGAGCUUGGAGUCUUGAUCUUUUCUGUGGGAUCAGUAGGCUCAGAUAGCAAUGAAUUGCGGAAGAUCUCAAAUGACCCUAGUUCCACACUCUCAGUGACAGACUUUACUUACCUCCCUAAUGUACAAGAGCAGCUUCUCUCCAUCAUUAACACUGCACUUGUAGGAGCCACAGGCAUCUCUCCAACAACAAUAGUUGAGGCUCGUGUACCAAGGAGAGAUGUUGUUUUCCUGCUGGAUGGGUCAGACGGCAAUAGGAAUGGGUUCCCGGCAAUGAUAGACUUUGUUCAACGAGUGGUGGAGAGGUUGAAUGUAGGCGAGAACAAAGACCGUGUUUCUGUAGUCCAGUUCAGCAGAGAUGCUGAAAUCCAUUUCUAUCUUAAGACAUACACAACAAAGGAGGACCUUCUUGGCACAGUCAGAGCUUUGAGGCACAAAGGAGGAAGGCCCCUAAACAUAGGGGCAGCUCUACAGUACGUCAGAGACAACGUAUUUACUGCCUCCUCGGGUAGCAGACGACUGGAGGGUGUACCACAGAUGCUGAUCCUGUUGAGUGCCGGAAGGUCGUUUGACAAUGUCGAUAUCCCAGCUUCGGCGCUGAAGGAUCUGGGAAUCUUGAUUUUCGGAAUAGGAACAAGGGACUCUGAUAGCAACGAACUUGAGAGAAUUUCAUUUGGCCCCCGUUUUGCUCUGACCGUGUCAGAUUUCACUGAGCUCCCAAAUGUCCAAGAGCAACUUCUGACUUCUAUAGAGGCUGUGGCAGUUCCCAUCACUCCACCCUCCCCGCCUUCUCUUGUUGAUUAUGAGGUUCCCAGAAAGGAUGUUGUCUUCCUCCUGGAUGGAUCAGAUGGGACUAGGAAUGGAUUCCCUGCCAUGCUUGACUUUGUACAAAGGGUAGUGGAAAAAUUUAACUUUGAGGAGAGUAUGGACCAUGUUUCAGUGGUGCAGUACAGUACAAAUGCUGAGGUGCAUUUCUAUCUGAAUACCUAUUCAACAAAAGACGAAAUCCUCAAUGCCAUCAGCAAUGUAAAGCACAAAGGCGGGAGACGUGUCAACACAGGGUCAGCUCUCCAAUAUGUGAGAGAAAAUGUGUUCACUGCCUCUGCUGGCAGUAGACAUCAACAGGGUGUGCCUAGUGUCCUCAUUCUGCUCAGGAGAUCAAGGUCAACAGAUAAUGUUGAUCAACCGGCCUCUGCCCUGAAAGAGAGUGGAGUCUUAAUUUUUGGUGUUGGCACCAGGAAUGUGAGCAGUGAAAUUGAGAGAAUUGCAAGUGGUCCUUCCUACGCUCAGACAGUUUCUGAGCUCUCUGACCUAGGCAGUGUCCAGCAGCAAUUUUACACCACUCUCAGCACUGCACUUCUAGACGUAAUGCCAGUGAUACCUACAGUGAUAGUUGACCAAAGAUUUGACCGGAGAGAUGUCGUAUUCCUUCUGGAUGGUUCAGAUGGUACUAGGAAUUAUUUCCCAGCAAUGCGUGAUUUCGUUCAAAGCAUUGUGGAGAGAUUGCAUGUAUCAGAGGAGAGAGACCAUGUGUCUGUAGCUCAAUUCAGCAGAGAUCCAGAGGUGCAUUUCUAUCUCAACACAUACGCGACAAAGGAGAGCAUUCUCGACACCGUUAGAGGUCUGAGGCACAAAGGAGGGAGACCUCUGAACACAGGAAUUGCUCUCCAGUAUGUGAGGGACAGCGUUUUCAGCACCUCGGCUGGAAGCAGACGUUUACAGGGUGUUCCUCAGGUAUUGAUUUUGUUGAGUGGAGGAAGGUCAUUUGAUAAUGUCGACGUGCCAGCCUCAUCCCUGAAAGAGCUUGGAGUCUUGAUCUUUUCUGUGGGAUCAGUAGGCUCAGAUAGCAAUGAAUUGCGGAAGAUCUCAAAUGACCCUAGUUCCACACUCUCAGUGACAGACUUUACUUACCUCCCUAAUGUACAAGAGCAGCUUCUCUCCAUCAUUAACACUGCACUUGUAGGAGCCACAGGCAUCUCUCCAACAACAAUAGUUGAGGCUCGUGUACCAAGGAGAGAUGUUGUUUUCCUGCUGGAUGGGUCAGACGGCAAUAGGAAUGGGUUCCCGGCAAUGAUAGACUUUGUUCAACGAGUGGUGGAGAGGUUGAAUGUAGGCGAGAACAAAGACCGUGUUUCUGUAGUCCAGUUCAGCAGAGAUGCUGAAAUCCAUUUCUAUCUUAAGACAUACACAACAAAGGAGGACCUUCUUGGCACAGUCAGAGCUUUGAGGCACAAAGGAGGAAGGCCCCUAAACAUAGGGGCAGCUCUACAGUACGUCAGAGACAACGUAUUUACUGCCUCCUCGGGUAGCAGACGACUGGAGGGUGUACCACAGAUGCUGAUCCUGUUGAGUGCCGGAAGGUCGUUUGACAAUGUCGAUAUCCCAGCUUCGGCGCUGAAGGAUCUGGGAAUCUUGAUUUUCGGAAUAGGAACAAGGGACUCUGAUAGCAACGAACUUGAGAGAAUUUCAUUUGGCCCCCGUUUUGCUCUGACCGUGUCAGAUUUCACUGAGCUCCCAAAUGUCCAAGAGCAACUUCUGACUUCUAUAGAGGCUGUGGCAGUUCCCAUCACUCCACCCUCCCCGCCUUCUCUUGUUGAUUAUGAGGUUCCCAGAAAGGAUGUUGUCUUCCUCCUGGAUGGAUCAGAUGGGACUAGGAAUGGAUUCCCUGCCAUGCUUGACUUUGUACAAAGGGUAGUGGAAAAAUUUAACUUUGAGGAGAGUAUGGACCAUGUUUCAGUGGUGCAGUACAGUACAAAUGCUGAGGUGCAUUUCUAUCUGAAUACCUAUUCAACAAAAGACGAAAUCCUCAAUGCCAUCAGCAAUGUAAAGCACAAAGGCGGGAGACGUGUCAACACAGGGUCAGCUCUCCAAUAUGUGAGAGAAAAUGUGUUCACUGCCUCUGCUGGCAGUAGACAUCAACAGGGUGUGCCUAGUGUCCUCAUUCUGCUCAGGAGAUCAAGGUCAACAGAUAAUGUUGAUCAACCGGCCUCUGCCCUGAAAGAGAGUGGAGUCUUAAUUUUUGGUGUUGGCACCAGGAAUGUGAGCAGUGAAAUUGAGAGAAUUGCAAGUGGUCCUUCCUACGCUCAGACAGUUUCUGAGCUCUCUGACCUAGGCAGUGUCCAGCAGCAAUUUUACACCACUCUCAGCACUGCACUUCUAGACGUAAUGCCAGUGAUACCUACAGUGAUAGUUGACCAAAGAUUUGACCGGAGAGAUGUCGUAUUCCUUCUGGAUGGUUCAGAUGGUACUAGGAAUUAUUUCCCAGCAAUGCGUGAUUUCGUUCAAAGCAUUGUGGAGAGAUUGCAUGUAUCAGAGGAGAGAGACCAUGUGUCUGUAGCUCAAUUCAGCAGAGAUCCAGAGGUGCAUUUCUAUCUCAACACAUACGCGACAAAGGAGAGCAUUCUCGACACCGUUAGAGGUCUGAGGCACAAAGGAGGGAGACCUCUGAACACAGGAAUUGCUCUCCAGUAUGUGAGGGACAGCGUUUUCAGCACCUCGGCUGGAAGCAGACGUUUACAGGGUGUUCCUCAGGUAUUGAUUUUGUUGAGUGGAGGAAGGUCAUUUGAUAAUGUCGACGUGCCAGCCUCAUCCCUGAAAGAGCUUGGAGUCUUGAUCUUUUCUGUGGGAUCAGUAGGCUCAGAUAGCAAUGAAUUGCGGAAGAUCUCAAAUGACCCUAGUUCCACACUCUCAGUGACAGACUUUACUUACCUCCCUAAUGUACAAGAGCAGCUUCUCUCCAUCAUUAACACUGCACUUGUAGGAGCCACAGGCAUCUCUCCAACAACAAUAGUUGAGGCUCGUGUACCAAGGAGAGAUGUUGUUUUCCUGCUGGAUGGGUCAGACGGCAAUAGGAAUGGGUUCCCGGCAAUGAUAGACUUUGUUCAACGAGUGGUGGAGAGGUUGAAUGUAGGCGAGAACAAAGACCGUGUUUCUGUAGUCCAGUUCAGCAGAGAUGCUGAAAUCCAUUUCUAUCUUAAGACAUACACAACAAAGGAGGACCUUCUUGGCACAGUCAGAGCUUUGAGGCACAAAGGAGGAAGGCCCCUAAACAUAGGGGCAGCUCUACAGUACGUCAGAGACAACGUAUUUACUGCCUCCUCGGGUAGCAGACGACUGGAGGGUGUACCACAGAUGCUGAUCCUGUUGAGUGCCGGAAGGUCGUUUGACAAUGUCGAUAUCCCAGCUUCGGCGCUGAAGGAUCUGGGAAUCUUGAUUUUCGGAAUAGGAACAAGGGACUCUGAUAGCAACGAACUUGAGAGAAUUUCAUUUGGCCCCCGUUUUGCUCUGACCGUGUCAGAUUUCACUGAGCUCCCAAAUGUCCAAGAGCAACUUCUGACUUCUAUAGAGGCUGUGGCAGUUCCCAUCACUCCACCCUCCCCGCCUUCUCUUGUUGAUUAUGAGGUUCCCAGAAAGGAUGUUGUCUUCCUCCUGGAUGGAUCAGAUGGGACUAGGAAUGGAUUCCCUGCCAUGCUUGACUUUGUACAAAGGGUAGUGGAAAAAUUUAACUUUGAGGAGAGUAUGGACCAUGUUUCAGUGGUGCAGUACAGUACAAAUGCUGAGGUGCAUUUCUAUCUGAAUACCUAUUCAACAAAAGACGAAAUCCUCAAUGCCAUCAGCAAUGUAAAGCACAAAGGCGGGAGACGUGUCAACACAGGGUCAGCUCUCCAAUAUGUGAGAGAAAAUGUGUUCACUGCCUCUGCUGGCAGUAGACAUCAACAGGGUGUGCCUAGUGUCCUCAUUCUGCUCAGGAGAUCAAGGUCAACAGAUAAUGUUGAUCAACCGGCCUCUGCCCUGAAAGAGAGUGGAGUCUUAAUUUUUGGUGUUGGCACCAGGAAUGUGAGCAGUGAAAUUGAGAGAAUUGCAAGUGGUCCUUCCUACGCUCAGACAGUUUCUGAGCUCUCUGACCUAGGCAGUGUCCAGCAGCAAUUUUACACCACUCUCAGCACUGCACUUCUAGACGUAAUGCCAGUGAUACCUACAGUGAUAGUUGACCAAAGAUUUGACCGGAGAGAUGUCGUAUUCCUUCUGGAUGGUUCAGAUGGUACUAGGAAUUAUUUCCCAGCAAUGCGUGAUUUCGUUCAAAGCAUUGUGGAGAGAUUGCAUGUAUCAGAGGAGAGAGACCAUGUGUCUGUAGCUCAAUUCAGCAGAGAUCCAGAGGUGCAUUUCUAUCUCAACACAUACGCGACAAAGGAGAGCAUUCUCGACACCGUUAGAGGUCUGAGGCACAAAGGAGGGAGACCUCUGAACACAGGAAUUGCUCUCCAGUAUGUGAGGGACAGCGUUUUCAGCACCUCGGCUGGAAGCAGACGUUUACAGGGUGUUCCUCAGGUAUUGAUUUUGUUGAGUGGAGGAAGGUCAUUUGAUAAUGUCGACGUGCCAGCCUCAUCCCUGAAAGAGCUUGGAGUCUUGAUCUUUUCUGUGGGAUCAGUAGGCUCAGAUAGCAAUGAAUUGCGGAAGAUCUCAAAUGACCCUAGUUCCACACUCUCAGUGACAGACUUUACUUACCUCCCUAAUGUACAAGAGCAGCUUCUCUCCAUCAUUAACACUGCACUUGUAGGAGCCACAGGCAUCUCUCCAACAACAAUAGUUGAGGCUCGUGUACCAAGGAGAGAUGUUGUUUUCCUGCUGGAUGGGUCAGACGGCAAUAGGAAUGGGUUCCCGGCAAUGAUAGACUUUGUUCAACGAGUGGUGGAGAGGUUGAAUGUAGGCGAGAACAAAGACCGUGUUUCUGUAGUCCAGUUCAGCAGAGAUGCUGAAAUCCAUUUCUAUCUUAAGACAUACACAACAAAGGAGGACCUUCUUGGCACAGUCAGAGCUUUGAGGCACAAAGGAGGAAGGCCCCUAAACAUAGGGGCAGCUCUACAGUACGUCAGAGACAACGUAUUUACUGCCUCCUCGGGUAGCAGACGACUGGAGGGUGUACCACAGAUGCUGAUCCUGUUGAGUGCCGGAAGGUCGUUUGACAAUGUCGAUAUCCCAGCUUCGGCGCUGAAGGAUCUGGGAAUCUUGAUUUUCGGAAUAGGAACAAGGGACUCUGAUAGCAACGAACUUGAGAGAAUUUCAUUUGGCCCCCGUUUUGCUCUGACCGUGUCAGAUUUCACUGAGCUCCCAAAUGUCCAAGAGCAACUUCUGACUUCUAUAGAGGCUGUGGCAGUUCCCAUCACUCCACCCUCCCCGCCUUCUCUUGUUGAUUAUGAGGUUCCCAGAAAGGAUGUUGUCUUCCUCCUGGAUGGAUCAGAUGGGACUAGGAAUGGAUUCCCUGCCAUGCUUGACUUUGUACAAAGGGUAGUGGAAAAAUUUAACUUUGAGGAGAGUAUGGACCAUGUUUCAGUGGUGCAGUACAGUACAAAUGCUGAGGUGCAUUUCUAUCUGAAUACCUAUUCAACAAAAGACGAAAUCCUCAAUGCCAUCAGCAAUGUAAAGCACAAAGGCGGGAGACGUGUCAACACAGGGUCAGCUCUCCAAUAUGUGAGAGAAAAUGUGUUCACUGCCUCUGCUGGCAGUAGACAUCAACAGGGUGUGCCUAGUGUCCUCAUUCUGCUCAGGAGAUCAAGGUCAACAGAUAAUGUUGAUCAACCGGCCUCUGCCCUGAAAGAGAGUGGAGUCUUAAUUUUUGGUGUUGGCACCAGGAAUGUGAGCAGUGAAAUUGAGAGAAUUGCAAGUGGUCCUUCCUACGCUCAGACAGUUUCUGAGCUCUCUGACCUAGGCAGUGUCCAGCAGCAAUUUUACACCACUCUCAGCACUGCACUUCUAGACGUAAUGCCAGUGAUACCUACAGUGAUAGUUGACCAAAGAUUUGACCGGAGAGAUGUCGUAUUCCUUCUGGAUGGUUCAGAUGGUACUAGGAAUUAUUUCCCAGCAAUGCGUGAUUUCGUUCAAAGCAUUGUGGAGAGAUUGCAUGUAUCAGAGGAGAGAGACCAUGUGUCUGUAGCUCAAUUCAGCAGAGAUCCAGAGGUGCAUUUCUAUCUCAACACAUACGCGACAAAGGAGAGCAUUCUCGACACCGUUAGAGGUCUGAGGCACAAAGGAGGGAGACCUCUGAACACAGGAAUUGCUCUCCAGUAUGUGAGGGACAGCGUUUUCAGCACCUCGGCUGGAAGCAGACGUUUACAGGGUGUUCCUCAGGUAUUGAUUUUGUUGAGUGGAGGAAGGUCAUUUGAUAAUGUCGACAUGCCAGCCUCAUCCCUGAAAGAGCUUGGAGUCUUGAUCUUUUCUGUGGGAUCAGUAGGCUCAGAUAGCAAUGAAUUGCGGAAGAUCUCAAAUGACCCUAGUUCCACACUCUCAGUGACAGACUUUACUUACCUCCCUAAUGUACAAGAGCAGCUUCUCUCCAUCAUUAACACUGCACUUGUAGGAGCCACAGGCAUCUCUCCAACAACAAUAGUUGAGGCUCGUGUACCAAGGAGAGAUGUUGUUUUCCUGCUGGAUGGGUCAGACGGCAAUAGGAAUGCGUUCCCGGCAAUGAUAGACUUUGUUCAACGAGUGGUGGAGAGGUUGAAUGUAGGCGAGAACAAAGACCGUGUUUCUGUAGUCCAGUUCAGCAGAGAUGCUGAAAUCCAUUUCUAUCUUAAGACAUACACAACAAAGGAGGACCUUCUUGGCACAGUCAGAGCUUUGAGGCACAAAGGAGGAAGGCCCCUAAACAUAGGGGCAGCUCUACAGUACGUCAGAGACAACGUAUUUACUGCCUCCUCGGGUAGCAGACGACUGGAGGGUGUACCACAGAUGCUGAUCCUGUUGAGUGCCGGAAGGUCGUUUGACAAUGUCGAUAUCCCAGCUUCGGCGCUGAAGGAUCUGGGAAUCUUGAUUUUCGGAAUAGGAACAAGGGACUCUGAUAGCAACGAACUUGAGAGAAUUUCAUUUGGCCCCCGUUUUGCUCUGACCGUGUCAGAUUUCACUGAGCUCCCAAAUGUCCAAGAGCAACUUCUGACUUCUAUAGAGGCUGUGGCAGUUCCCAUCACUCCACCCUCCCCGCCUUCUCUUGUUGAUUAUGAGGUUCCCAGAAAGGAUGUUGUCUUCCUCCUGGAUGGAUCAGAUGGGACUAGGAAUGGAUUCCCUGCCAUGCUUGACUUUGUACAAAGGGUAGUGGAAAAAUUUAACUUUGAGGAGAGUAUGGACCAUGUUUCAGUGGUGCAGUACAGUACAAAUGCUGAGGUGCAUUUCUAUCUGAAUACCUAUUCAACAAAAGACGAAAUCCUCAAUGCCAUCAGCAAUGUAAAGCACAAAGGCGGGAGACGUGUCAACACAGGGUCAGCUCUCCAAUAUGUGAGAGAAAAUGUGUUCACUGCCUCUGCUGGCAGUAGACAUCAACAGGGUGUGCCUAGUGUCCUCAUUCUGCUCAGGAGAUCAAGGUCAACAGAUAAUGUUGAUCAACCGGCCUCUGCCCUGAAAGAGAGUGGAGUCUUAAUUUUUGGUGUUGGCACCAGGAAUGUGAGCAGUGAAAUUGAGAGAAUUGCAAGUGGUCCUUCCUACGCUCAGACAGUUUCUGAGCUCUCUGACCUAGGCAGUGUCCAGCAGCAAUUUUACACCACUCUCAGCACUGCACUUCUAGACGUAAUGCCAGUGAUACCUACAGUGAUAGUUGACCAAAGAUUUGACCGGAGAGAUGUCGUAUUCCUUCUGGAUGGUUCAGAUGGUACUAGGAAUUAUUUCCCAGCAAUGCGUGAUUUCGUUCAAAGCAUUGUGGAGAGAUUGCAUGUAUCAGAGGAGAGAGACCAUGUGUCUGUAGCUCAAUUCAGCAGAGAUCCAGAGGUGCAUUUCUAUCUCAACACAUACGCGACAAAGGAGAGCAUUCUCGACACCGUUAGAGGUCUGAGGCACAAAGGAGGGAGACCUCUGAACACAGGAAUUGCUCUCCAGUAUGUGAGGGACAGCGUUUUCAGCACCUCGGCUGGAAGCAGACGUUUACAGGGUGUUCCUCAGGUAUUGAUUUUGUUGAGUGGAGGAAGGUCAUUUGAUAAUGUCGACGUGCCAGCCUCAUCCCUGAAAGAGCUUGGAGUCUUGAUCUUUUCUGUGGGAUCAGUAGGCUCAGAUAGCAAUGAAUUGCGGAAGAUCUCAAAUGACCCUAGUUCCACACUCUCAGUGACAGACUUUACUUACCUCCCUAAUGUACAAGAGCAGCUUCUCUCCAUCAUUAACACUGCACUUGUAGGAGCCACAGGCAUCUCUCCAACAACAAUAGUUGAGGCUCGUGUACCAAGGAGAGAUGUUGUUUUCCUGCUGGAUGGGUCAGACGGCAAUAGGAAUGGGUUCCCGGCAAUGAUAGACUUUGUUCAACGAGUGGUGGAGAGGUUGAAUGUAGGCGAGAACAAAGACCGUGUUUCUGUAGUCCAGUUCAGCAGAGAUGCUGAAAUCCAUUUCUAUCUUAAGACAUACACAACAAAGGAGGACCUUCUUGGCACAGUCAGAGCUUUGAGGCACAAAGGAGGAAGGCCCCUAAACAUAGGGGCAGCUCUACAGUACGUCAGAGACAACGUAUUUACUGCCUCCUCGGGUAGCAGACGACUGGAGGGUGUACCACAGAUGCUGAUCCUGUUGAGUGCCGGAAGGUCGUUUGACAAUGUCGAUAUCCCAGCUUCGGCGCUGAAGGAUCUGGGAAUCUUGAUUUUCGGAAUAGGAACAAGGGACUCUGAUAGCAACGAACUUGAGAGAAUUUCAUUUGGCCCCCGUUUUGCUCUGACCGUGUCAGAUUUCACUGAGCUCCCAAAUGUCCAAGAGCAACUUCUGACUUCUAUAGAGGCUGUGGCAGUUCCCAUCACUCCACCCUCCCCGCCUUCUCUUGUUGAUUAUGAGGUUCCCAGAAAGGAUGUUGUCUUCCUCCUGGAUGGAUCAGAUGGGACUAGGAAUGGAUUCCCUGCCAUGCUUGACUUUGUACAAAGGGUAGUGGAAAAAUUUAACUUUGAGGAGAGUAUGGACCAUGUUUCAGUGGUGCAGUACAGUACAAAUGCUGAGGUGCAUUUCUAUCUGAAUACCUAUUCAACAAAAGACGAAAUCCUCAAUGCCAUCAGCAAUGUAAAGCACAAAGGCGGGAGACGUGUCAACACAGGGUCAGCUCUCCAAUAUGUGAGAGAAAAUGUGUUCACUGCCUCUGCUGGCAGUAGACAUCAACAGGGUGUGCCUAGUGUCCUCAUUCUGCUCAGGAGAUCAAGGUCAACAGAUAAUGUUGAUCAACCGGCCUCUGCCCUGAAAGAGAGUGGAGUCUUAAUUUUUGGUGUUGGCACCAGGAAUGUGAUCAGUGAAAUUGAGAGAAUUGCAAGUGGUCCUUCCUACGCUCAGACAGUUUCUGAGCUCUCUGACCUAGGCAGUGUCCAGCAGCAAUUUUACACCACUCUCAGCACUGCACUUCUAGACGUAAUGCCAGUGAUACCUACAGUGAUAGCAGAGUCUCAGGGUCCCAAGAAGGAUAUUAUCUUUGUGAUUGAUGGAUCUGAAGGUGUUGGGAGAGAUUUUCCCAUCAUCCAGGAAUUUGUUCGUGGAGUGGUAGAGAACCUAAAUGUAGGUGAAAAUAAAAUUCAAAUAAGUGUAGUGCAGUAUGGAGACACUCCUCAUGUGGAUAUCUAUCUCAAUUCCCACAAGACCAAGGAGGGGGUCUUAAAUGCAAUCCAGGAACUCAGACAACGUGGAGGUAUAGAGCGUAACCUGGGUAGGGCCAUAGAUUUUGUCCGUCUUAAUGUCCUGGAUCCAGUUCGUGGGAGCAGGAAACAGGAGGGUGUCCCACAGUUUCUGAUAGUAAUCUCAGGAGGAAAAGCAACAGAUGAUGUAGGAACAUCAGUAAAUACACUCAAACAGUUAGGAACUGUGCCUUUCAGUAUAGGGACAAGAGAUACUGGCCUUCAAGAGCUGCAGGUGGUCUCCUAUGUGCCCACAUUCGCUUACUUAGUGGAGGAUUUGCCUGGCCUUCACACUGUCAAAGAUCAAUUCAUCACUACCCUGACAGAUUUGUCUGAUGAAGAACUGAAGCUACUGAAACCUGUUUAUCCCAUAGUACCAACAAUAUCGACUGGAGAAAAGAAAGAUGUGGUCUUCCUCAUUGAUGGAACUACUAUGAUGCAGAGAGAUUUCCCUGCUAUACAAGACAUGAUUCUGAACAUUGUGGAGAAGCUAGAUGUCGGGUUAAACAAGGUGAGGGUUUCAGUAGUACAGUACAGUGAAGACCCCAAACUGGAGUUCCUCCUCAAUGAGCACUCAACCAAGGAAGAGGUUCGCCAGUCAGUGAGAAAAAUAAGAAGUAAAGGUGGCAGAAUACUUAAUACUGGCCAAGCACUGAGCUGGGUCUCAAGGAACAUCUACCAGCGAUCAGCUGGCAGCCGAAUUGAAGAGGGUGUGCCCCAGUUUCUCAUCUUAGUGACUGGAGGAAAAUCCAACGAUGAUGUAUCUGGUGCUGCUAGCCAGUUGAAGUUGAGUUAUGUGGCUCCUAUGGCUGUUGGGUCAGAAAAUGCUGAUCCUGAGGAGCUGAAACUGAUUUCUUUAAGGCCAGAACAGGCACACACCGUUAGAAACUUCCAAGAAAAACCAGGAGUGGAACAGCAACUUUUGGCUACAAUUAACACCAUAACUUCUACAGAAAUCGAAGAAGUUAUAAAAACUAUGGAUAUAGGACUGAAUAUUGGAAAAAAGGACAUUGUUUUCCUUAUUGAUGGUUCUGAUAAUGUUGGUCCAAAUGGAAUUGCUCACAUCCGUGACUUUAUCUUGAAGAUUGUCCAACAACUCAAUGUGCGCCCUGACCAAGUGCGUGUGGCUGUGGUACAGUAUGCAGAGAGACCUAAGACUGAGUUCUCACUUAUAUCCCAUGGAAACAAGAAGGCAGUCAUUUCAUCUAUUAAGAGAUUGCGUCAGAUGGGUGGUCGUGGUGGAAACUUAGCUGAGGCUAUUCAGUAUGUGAUUGAUAAUGAACUAAAGGAAUCUGCAGGAGCUCGGCUGGACAAGGCCUCUCAGCAUUUGGUGGUACUCACAGGUGGAAAGUCUACCUCAGAUGUCUCUCUUUAUGGACCAAUUCUCAAAAAAUCUCAGGUGAACUGUAUAGGAAUUGGUGCUGGCGCAGCAGAUUCAAGGCAGCUCAGAGAGAUUGCAACCACACCAGAUGAUGUCUUCCAAGUGUCAACCUUCCCAGCACUGCCAAAUAUAGAGAACCAAUUUAUUGCAAGACUCAGUGGAACAGUGGUGAUUACAACCACUGUGCCCCCCACACCUUCUGGUCCAAAGCCAAAGGUUGCUGACAUUGUUUUUUUGGUUGACGGUUCAAUAAACCUUGGGAAGAGUAAUUUCAAAGUGACCAUGGAGUUUAUCAGAGAGCUUAUUGACCUCUUUGUCACAGACAGUGACAACCUUCAGAUUGGUCUGGCACACUAUGCCACAGACGUGACAGAUGUUUUCUACUUCAAUACAUAUGAGAACAAGGAUGACAUUAUGAAUGCUAUCAGCAGAACUGAGUACAAGGGUGGUUGGAAAAUUAAUACAGGCAAUGCCAUUAGACAUAUUCAGCAAACACACUUUGUGAAGGACAGAGGUAGUCGGAAGGAUGAGGGAAUCCCUCAGAUCCUGAUGUUGGUGACGGGUGGACGUUCACAAGAUGAUGGUAAAUCAGCAGCACUGGCCCUAAAAAGUGCAGGUGUUCGUAUCUAUGCCAUUGGUGUGGGUGACAUUGAGAAUGAGCUCAAUGACUUGGGCAGUGAGUCCACCACUGUGGCCCGGGCCAGUAACUUCCAAGAGCUUUCUGAGCUGAAUGAGCGGAUUUUGGACACACUUGUAGAUGAUGUCAUGGGAAAACUCUGUACAGGAGACAAAACUGUAAUAAAGGCUUGCAACUUGGAUGUUCUUGUGGGCUUCGAUGUGGCUGCUCAGAACAUUUUUGCUACUCAGAAAUCAUUGGAGUCCAAGAUGGCUGCCAUUCUGCAGCGAAUUACCCAAAUGCAGGCCAUUAGCUGCUCUUCUGGUCAGGUUCCAUCAGUGCAGAUGGGUAUAUCAGCGUUGGACUCUGCAAUGGAGCCUGUUCAUCUGGACUUUACCGAAAGCCACACCAAGCUCAUUGAGUCCUUCAGGUCUCUUCGCAACCGCGGACCCUUCAUCUUAAAUGACAAGACUAUUGAUGCAUAUAGUGCAAGGUUCAAGGACCGUCCUUCAGACAGAGUUAAGGUUGUAAUUCACCUCACUGAUGGAUUGGAUGCCCAAUAUAAUGUAAUGAAAGAGCGAGUUGAGCAGAUGCGGACUGCGGGAGUCAAUGCUUUUAUCUUGGUUGCUCUGGAGAGGGUACCACAAUUUGAGAAUGCAGUGUUAUUGGAAUUUGGACGGGGUUUUAGGUCAAAACCUCUGCGUGUGAAUCUGAUGGACUUGGACUAUGAACUUGUAGAGGAAUUGGACAAUAUUGCUGAAAUGGAGUGCUGCUCAGUCCCAUGCAAGUGCACUGGCCAGAGAGGCUACCGAGGAGCUGUUGGUCUUAUAGGACCAAAGGGAUCACCUGGAAGCCAGGGCUACAGAGGACAUCCUGGUGAUGAAGGUGGACCGGGAGAAAGAGGUCCUCCAGGUGUGAAUGGAACUCAAGGUUUUCAAGGAUGCCCAGGCCCUAGAGGUCCAAAGGGUGCACAUGGAUACAAUGGUGAAAAGGGAGAAAUUGGAGAGAUUGGUUUAGACGGCAUCAAUGGGGAAGAGGGCAAAGGUGGAGUUGCUGGACCACCAGGUGACAGAGGCAACUCUGGGCAAAGGGGCCCUAAAGGUCCCAAAGGACAGGCAGGAGAUAUCGGCCCAACUGGUAUCCGUGGAGAUCCAGGCAUUACAGGAAAUGACAAUAACCAAAGAGGACCAAAAGGAGAUCCAGGCGAUGCUGGGCCACCGGGUGAGCCUGGAGAAGAUGGUAGGAAAGGAAGUGCAGGAGAACCAGGGAGACGGGGUAUUGAUGGUAGAAGGGGGCCACCUGGGCAAGCUGGUCCUCCUGGAAGGCCUGGAGCAGAUGGUCUUGCAGGGGAGCAUGGAAUUGGAGGGUCGAGAGGUCCCAGUGGACCAGGUGGCACACCAGGAAUCAAGGGAGACGAUGGUAAUCCAGGACCAAGGGGCCCUGGAGGAGCCCCAGGACCACCUGGGGAAAAGGGCCGACGAGGUGUUGUUGGUCGGAAGGGUGAACCUGGAGACCCAGGACCUAAGGGUUCUACAGGACCACCUGGACCCCGAGGAGAACCUGGAGAAGAUGGGCGAGAUGGCUUUGGAAUACCUGGUCCUAAAGGAAACAAGGGUGAUGAAGGUUUCCCUGGAUAUCCGGGUCCAAAGGGGGCAGCUGGUGAGCCUGGAACCAGUGGGGGACCUGGACCCAAAGGAAACAGUGGCCAGAGAGGUGCUGCAGGUGGUGUUGGUGAGCCUGGACAGAAGGGAGAGGUUGGCUAUCCUGGAUCUUAUGGCCUAAAGGGACCCAGAGGACCAGACAUAUCAACUUGUGCCUUGGUCAAGAAAAUCAGAGAUAAUUGUCCAUGCUGUUAUGGAGCUCAAGAAUGUCCUCUGUAUCCCACCGAGCUGGCCUUUGCCCUGGAUGUAUCGACUGGUGUAUCAAGGAAUAGUUUUGACAGUAUGAAGGACAUUAUACUCCAAAUGGUGAAUGACAUUACCAUCACUGAGAGCAACUGUCCACGAGGAGCUCGGGUGGCCCUGACACUCUACAGCAGUGAGGUAACCACUGACAUACGUUUUGCUGAUGCCUUGAAAAAACGGGCAUUGGUGGAACGGAUACAAGGCUUGCAGUCUCUGAGGACAAAUAAGAAGCGCAACUUGGAAACAGCCAUGAACUUUGUGGUCCAAAACACCUUUAAGAGGGUGCGUAGUGGCUUCUUGGUACGCAAGGUGGCUUUAUUCUUUGUGAAUGACCCUGUGAACCUAACAACAGAGUUCACCAAUGCUGCUUUGCGACUCAAUGAUGUUGGAAUCACUGCUGUCUUCCUCAUGCCUCGUCAACCACAGAGAUUCCUGCAGGUAAAUAACACUAUAUUAGCCUAUUUCAAGGACCUACCCUCUCCAAGGAGUGCAAAUUACAACACAAUUAUUAAGGAAAUAAUUGACUGCCACAUCUGCCUAGACAUCUGCACUCCUAAUCCGCUGUGUGAUUUUAAGCCUUCCUUGAUCAGUAGGGAAAGACGGGCCUCCACCACAGACUUAGAUGUUGAUAUGGCUUUCAUCAUUGAUAGCUCUGAAAGCACCUGGCCAAGUGUCUUUGCAGAAAUUAAACAUUAUAUUGCUCAUAUGGUGAAUCAGCUGGAGAUCUCAGUGGAACCAGCCACAAGUGCCCAUCAUGCUAGAGUUGCAUUGGUUCAGCAUUGCCCAUAUGAGUAUUUGUACAAUGAUAGCAGUAUUCCUAUUAGCAUGGCAUUUGGCCUGACAGACCACAAGUCAGUUGACGAUAUCCAGAGCUUCUUACUGGACAAGGUGCACCAACUAGAAGGGAGUCGUGCUCUGGCGGCAGCUCUGGAGAGUACGGUGGAGCAUGUAUUUGAGAAAGCACCACAGCCACGCCAGAUGAAGGUGCUCAUUCUGCUUGUGACUGGGCCAGUGGAAGAGAAUGAAGAGAAGCUGCUGAAGGCUGCCAUUGAUGUCAAAUGCAAAGGUUAUUUCAUUGUGGUGAUAGGAGUGGGUAAGAAGCUCAGUGCUGGAGAUGCUCGUAUCCUGGCCCAGGUGGCUAGCGAACCUUCAGAUGUAUUCUACAAGACUGUAGAUGGACCUCUAGGCUUCUAUGAUGACCACCUUCAGAGGUUUGCCCAACUACUGCCCAAGUACCUUAGUUUGAAGAAUGCCUUCUACAUGUCCGCUGAAGUCUCAAAGCACUGCCCAUGGUACCAAAGUGACCAACCAAGCAGGUCACAAAACACUUACAAGAACAACAAUGAACACCAUGAGCAGGAACAGAAGGAAGAUAAGGAACUAAAGCUUAAAGAUGUAAAUGCUGAGGACCCGCACCUAGUCAAUGUUACCUCCAAAAGUUUCACUUUGUUGUGGGUAAAUGAUGAUCCAAAAGCAACCCAUGAGGUUACUGUGACCCACCUCCGGGACCAUCGCAUAAUACUUAAGAGGAACGUGACUGGUCCCCAUCUUACACUCCAAGAUCUGGAACCCAGUCAAACCUAUCAUGUUGCAGUCAUUGGUCAUAGUCUUAAAGAAAAGGUUACCAACACCUACAAAGGCAUAAUUACCACAAAAGCAGAGGAUCCUGCGUUUGUUGCCAAAGGUGAGGUGACAGAGGUAGUGGCAACGCCACCACUGAGUAAACCAGAAACUGUUAAUGAGCUUGCAGACCCAUGCUCACUUGACUUUGACACUGGACUACCAUGCAAAGACUAUGAGGCUAAGUGGUACUUUGACAAAAAGAAUGGAUUCUGUACCCAGUUCUGGUAUGGAGGUUGUGGAGGCAAUGAAAAUAGGUUUGAGACUGAGGCACAAUGCCUUAAACACUGCAUCAAUACAGUGGACCAGCAGCCACAGCAGAGUGUUGACAAGAUCAAAUCAGAGGACCCUCCAGCUCCGGCUGCCCAGUUUUCAGUGGUGGACAUCUGUAAGCUUCCCAAAGAGGAAGGCACCUGCGCCAAGUUUGUACUUAAAUGGCAUUAUGACUCCAUCGGCAAGGGAUGUACACGAUUCUGGUAUGGAGGCUGCGGUGGCAACCUGAAUCGUUUUGACACACAAAAGGAGUGUGAGAAAGCAUGUGGAACAGCAGUCGCUGUUAAGCAGGCACCUGUCAUUGCUGCAGUGAGAACAUAAAGGGACACUGAUGAUUCAAGGUUCACCUCUGAGGAAAAAUUAUGAAAACCAAGUUGCCUGCACUGGAUUCUGCCAGAGGAAACCUUUAACAUAGUCAUUUUUUUUUUCUUUUCUUUUUUUUUUUUAAGAAAAAAAAAAAAAAAGCCAAACAGAUCAUUGCAUGAUAUUUUUGUACUGGUGCUACAAUUUUUGUUUGUUUGUUUGUUGUCCAUUUUUCCCCAAAUACAGUACAAUGUCUAAAUAGUUAAAUUCCAGGAUAUUUUGUUAUUGCUGUUUUUUCUUUCACAUGUAUGAACUGCUUGAAGAAAGAAGAAAGCAUUUUUUUGCCUAGUUUUUAGUCAUUAAUGUAUGUUUUAACUCACAAAGGCACUCUCAAGUGCCCUCAUUAUGCUUUCACUGCUUGUUUGCACAAAGCCUUCUUUUGCGUUCUCUGAGUAGAUGUUGGAACAACAGAUUCAUAAAAGAUCAAAAUGUUCUCAUUAAAAUGUCACUCUGAAUAUUAUGAUUCAUGCAUUCAACUGAAUUUGGCAGUGUCAGAAACUAAAUCAUAAUUAGAUAAACACAUCUAUUUUAUAAGGUCACCACUAUUAAAUACUUUUUAAAUACUGGAACAGGUGUGCAAAACAGAAGUAAAAAUGAUUCAGUGUGCUUGUCAGGCAAGACUUAUUUUUGGUGUGUGUGUGUGUGUGUGUGUGUGUGUAAGGUCCAGGUUUUUUUCACCUUUGUGUUUCUCAAAGAAAUCAGAAGACAUUAAUAAAUUAGUCUUUAUAUUAUA